AUGGUAGACCAACCAACGAAAUCCCUUUUGGAGUACGGUAUUACUGAUACGACUACCGGAAUCCUUUCUAGCAUCGUAAGACCACCUGUGACGGCUCAGCACUUCGAGCUCAAGCCGCAAUUCAUACAGUUCAUCUCCAAUGAUUCAUUCGCAGGGCUACCACAUGAUUGCCCAGUAAGUCAUAUUGAUAGCUUUUUGGAGAAAUGUGAUACCAUGAAGAUGAAUGGUGUUACAGACGAUGCUCUUAGACUUCGCCUUUUUCCUUUUUCAUUACGGGAUAGGGCGAAGGAAUGGCUGAGAGAUGAAGGUUCUGGCUCAUUUGACACAUGGGACAAAUUGGUGAAGGCUUUCCUAGUCAAGUUCUUAGGACAGGAAAAGACUGCAAGGUUGAGAAACGAGUUAUCCACUUUCAGGCAGUCAGAUGAUGAGUUCCUAUAUGACGCAUGGAGGAGAUUCAAGCGUUUGCAGAGACAAUGCCCUCACCAUGGUAUUCCUGAAUGGAUGUUGAUCCAAACUUUCUACAAUGGCCUAACUCAUGAGUUCCGAAUCUACAUUGGUGCUGCAUCUGGGGGCUCUCUCUUGACAAAGAACCCCACUGAAGCAAAGGAGCUUAUAGAGAAGAUGGCAGCCAACGAUAAUUAUCAUCCAGGAGGCCGAAACACUUUGAAAAAGGGAGGUAAACUUGAUGUUGAUGCCUUAACUAUGCUAACCAGUUCUGUGCAGGCACUAACAAGCAGGUUUGAUAAGUUCCAAGCUGGAACCUCUACUAGCCCACAAGAGUUGUGUCAAUUGUGUAAUGUGCAGGGUCAUAUUGCACCAGAUUGCUCGCAGAUUUCGCAGAAUACAGAGGACAUGUCAAUCGAGCAGGCCAAUGCUUUCUACUCCUCUAACCCCAAAAGGCCCUAUGACCCCUAUUCCAACACCUAUAAUGAAGGAUGGAAACACCAUCCUAACUUUUCAUACAAGAAUACCCAAGCACAACAAAAUCCACUUCAACCCAACAACUACAACCAACCACCACCUGGCUUCCAACAAAGACCACCCAACACCCAACAACCAAUGCAACCACAACCUCAGAAAUCUAGCCUUGAAAUAACUUAA